AAUGGAACUAAACGUUUUAGAUCGUUUGAAAGAGGAUGAUGACAUUGUUCAAAAUUUAAAGGUUAAAACGUUCAAUAAAUCAGAAAUCCGACUGAAAAAGGAGGUAAAUGGAGCUGAUAGCAUUGGCAAUUUAUUGUUUUUAGCAACUUCAAACGGGUGCUCUGUUUACAGGUAUGAUAAAGACUCUCUAUACGAAUUUAUAACGUUAGAAAGGGAUAAAAAAUGCUUGGACGCGAUUUGCUGCACUAAUUAUCUCGUUAUAGUGAUAAUGCUAAACGAAGCGCUAAGUCUGCAAUUUUAUAGGAUAGAAGAUAUCUUGAAUAAAAUUGUUACAAAGUCAUAUAGCAGCAUUGAAAUUGCUAAGACUGGUCCACUGGCUAUAGACGAUAAGAACGAUAGGGUUUUUAUAGCUGGAACUUUAUGGAGCGGCUCGUGGUCUUCUAACGAACGCAAUUCGACGUCCAACGAGUGCUUGGAGAGGCUGGUAAGAGUUUAUAGGAUUGAAACAAUGGAGUUGGAAGAAAAGUUUGAAGCAGUUAAAAAUAGAAUAAAACUGUUAAGAAUCGAUGGCAAUCAAAUUGCCAUUGCAGAUAAUUUGCACGGUGUUAGAAUAUUUUGCACAAAUUCGUUAAAGUUAUUAUACGAAAUUGAAGUUGAUGAAAUAAGAAAUAUCAUUCUUGUAGGAGAUUAUUUAGCCGUCUUCCAUAAAUUCGAAUCAAACGUUUCAUUAUGGAAUUCGCAGGAAAAAAAGACUAUACUUUGUCUUAACAUACAAGAUCAAGUUAAAGAGCUGCUUGACGACGACGAUGCCGAUAUUCUCCUUGAUGAGGAUACGGAGACGAGCGUUAUAAAUUUACCGUACGAGGAUAGCGGUCUAUUACUAUACGCUACGAGAACUGGUAACGUUUUCGGAAUGAUUGUUAAUAGUAGAUAUAAAUUAUUUAGCAUAUCGAGUCCAUUUUCGGAAGAAGAAGAGAAAUAUGGAUUAAAAACCUUAUGUUACAUUCACCCUGGUUUGAUUGUGCUUGUCUCCAAGAGUUUAGUUGUACUCGAUUUUAAUCUCCCAAAAUAA